CCUGCCCCGGGGCUGUUGCUCACCUCUGGGGCCGCCUCCUGCCGGGCGGAGCCCCACGAGCUGACUGGGGGAGCGGCGGGGCCUGACGGCCUAGGCGGGGGUGCGCUGCGCCCGAAGGCGUCCUCCGGUGCGGGCCGCGCGGCCCUGCCCACGCCGCCCCUGCAGCGCUGGCUGUGCCCGCAGGUGGACGCGCCUCCCGUGGAGCUAAAGGACCAGGGGCCCCAGGCGCCUGCGGAGGAGAGCCGCGAGGGAGAGGCCAGCGCAGCGGCGGCCGGUGCCAACUACCAGCUGCCAGGACCCUUCUCCUCUCUGGACUCCAGCAUUGAAAUCCUGAAGAAGAAAGCCCAGGAGUUGAUUGAAAAUAUCAAUGAGAGCAGGCAGAAGGACCAUGCACUUAUGACCAACUUCAGGGACAGCCUCAAGAUGAAGGUCACGGAUCUGACAGAAAAAUUGGAGGAGAGGAUGUACCAGGUGUACAGCCAUCACAGCAAGAUCAUUCAGGAAAGGCUCCAAGAAUUCACUCAGAAGAUGGCAAAGAUCAGCCUUCUGGAAAUGGAGCUAAAACAAGUCUGCCAUACUGUGGAAACUGUAUACAAGGACCUAUGUGUCCAGUCUGAGGUUCCCACUUCAGAAGAACAGAAUUACAAAGAUGGUGAAUGUUGACUGCUGCUAAGAAGCCUCAUCUUAAUGACAGUCACCAAGAGAAGGCAUAGAGCCCACUGAGCCAUGCUGAGAUUUUUUUUUUUUUAAACAGUCCUAUAACUCAACACAAAAGCCACCGAUGAUCUUUGUGCUAACUACCAAAGUAUGACAAGGUUAGCCCCUGCCAUAGGCCCAGCUUUAGCAAAUUCACCCAACCCACACCUACAGUUAAUUAAAUGUUUGAUUUCUACGCUGGCCUGCUUUCUUCCAGAAUUGGGAAGACUGAUCAUCUAUGCAAAAACAUGGAUGGUCCUUUGUCCCACCCCCUUUUACAGUUAAAUUAUUAUUCCAUUUACUUCCAAAAGCCCACAGCCGACCCGUCUCAAAUCAUGCUCACAUUGUAGGGUCUCACCCACCUCUCCCUCCCCGUUUCUGGAAUGUUUCAUCCUGUAGCCUUGAGAUAAACAUUGAAGACUGUGUGACUUUC